GAGAGAGUCUGGAGAGGCUGUUCACUGCGCACGGCUUCAUCACCAUCAUCAUCAUCACACACACACACACACACACGGAGCGGGUCCUCAGCGCGCUCCCAGCCGCUCAUGAUGCGCAGGAUUCGGGCCAACGCCAUCCUCAUCCUCACCGUGGCCUGGAUCCUCGGCACCUUCUAUUACCUGUGGCAGGACAGCAAACCCUCCGCCUCCUCUUCGUCCUCCUCCUCCUCCUCUGCGGGCUCCCAGCAGAAGAUCCACGGGCAGAAAUCCUCCUCCGGGAGGCUGGAGGAGCGCACUCUUCCUCUGAUCGUAACUCGUGCGCCGCAGCUGGAGCAGCAGGGUCAGCUCUUGGGCUUGUUCGAUGAAAAGGCGUUUCUGUCCAGUAAGCAGCUCAGGCCAGGUGAAGAUCCCUAUAGGGAGCAUGCCUUCAACCUGCAGGAGAGCGACCGGUUAGGCAGCGAGCGCGCCAUUAGAGACACACGCCACUAUCGAUGUGCCUCCAUGACCUUUGACCCUGACCUGCCGCCCACCAGCAUCAUCAUCACGUUCCACAAUGAGGCUCGCUCCACCCUGCUGCGCACUAUCAAGAGUGUACUAAUGAGAAGCCCACCUCAUCUGAUACUGGAGAUUAUUCUUGUGGACGACUUUAGCUCUGAUCCUGAAGACUGUCGGCUGCUCUCUCAGAUCCCGAAGGUUCGCUGCUUGAGAAAUGAACGGCGGGAAGGUCUGAUCAGGUCUCGGGUCAGAGGAGCGUCUGCGGCUUCAGCCUCCAUCCUGACCUUCCUGGACAGCCACUGCGAGGUCAACACUGACUGGCUGCAGCCCAUGAUCCAGAGAGUCAAAGAGGAUCACAGCCGUGUGGUCAGCCCCAUCAUUGAUGUCAUCAGUCUGGAUAACUUCGCUUACCUGGCUGCUUCUGCAGACCUGAGAGGAGGUUUCGACUGGAGUUUACACUUCAAGUGGGAGCAGAUUCCUAUAGAGCAGAAAAUGGCCAGAAAUGACCCCACACAGCCCAUCAGGACGCCUGUAAUAGCUGGCGGAAUCUUCGUGAUAGAGAAGGGCUGGUUUAAUCACCUGGGCCAGUACGACACUCACAUGGAUAUUUGGGGCGGUGAAAACUUUGAGCUGUCGUUCAGGGUGUGGAUGUGUGGCGGCAGUCUGGAGAUCCUGCCGUGCAGUCGCGUGGGCCACGUCUUCAGGAAACGACACCCCUAUGACUUCCCAGAGGGCAAUGCACUCACCUACAUCAAGAACACACGGAGAGCUGCUGAGGUCUGGAUGGAUGAUUAUAAGCAGUAUUAUUACGCUGCAAGGCCAUCAGCGCAGGGCAAGGCCUUCGGGAGUAUUGCAGAUCGGCUUGCUCUGAAAAGGAAGUUGAACUGUAACUCUUUCCGAUGGUAUCUGGAGAACGUGUACCCUGAACUCAAAAUUCCAGAGCAGGAGGAGGCGUACAGUCUUCUCAAACAGGGUGGUCUGUGUCUGGAGAGCCACGGCACUGACAGUCUGGGUUUAGCGGAAUGUAGGAGCACACCCAGUAUACCAGCCUCACAGAAGUGGACCCUGAUUGAGCCUCAGAUCCGUCAACAUGACCUGUGUUUGGCCAUCACAGCCUUCACCGCAGGGUCCAAGGUCAGACUAGAGCCCUGCAACAUCAAAGAGUCCAGACAGAAAUGGAAGCCUCGAGGUCCGGCACUUCAGCACAUGAUCAGCGGCUUGUGUCUAGACAGUCAGCCUCCCUCAGGGCCUCCAGCCAUCGCUCAGUGCCGCCCCCAGGUGGCCAGCCAAUCCUGGGAGCCCCAGCUGGUCACCUGACUCUGAGAGCUCACAGGGGCGGGGAAAGGGGAGGAGUUUAGUGAGGUUGCUGAGCUCGAGGAAAAACGUUUGCACACUGUUUUAGUUGAAGGUGCUGCUCUGGAAGGAAUCCAACAUGGCCAUGUCCAAACGUCUGACCUCGCUGUUUUGUUGUGGAAAAGAAGAUUUUCGCCUGCCAAUUGUAAGUCGGCUUCGCAACGAAAGUGUUUUUGGGCACGGCCAUUGACUUCACGUGGCAUGGGUCGGCUGCUUUGUGACAUCUUGGGUUGCUUUACUUUUCCAGAAUGUUGCGUUGAGGUAUCAACAAAAACCAGAGAAAAGUUGUAUAUAAAUGCCUUUUACUACCUUUUAGACCCAUAACUUGUAAAUAUUCCCAUGAAGACUGUGGUUUAUAGCGGUGUAGGCUUUAAAGGAACUCUCCACUAUUUCUUGUUUUUUUUUAAAGGCUUGUUUUAAAGUUAAAGUUGACCAUUUUUGAAUCCAUUCAGUUGAUUUCUUGUUCUGGUGGAGCCAUUAUUAGCUUAGCUUAGCAUAAUGAAUUGAAUCGGGUUAGACCAUUAGCAUUUGUUUUGUUUUUUUGAAAGAGUGAUCAUUUAACUUUUUAAACAUUGGCUGAAUACAUCAAAUCGUAGUAAUUCUGUUGCGUUAUCUGAUGGAGUGCAACUGUGUAUAUUCAUACUUGGUCAUGGUACGGCAGCAGAGUUUCUUGACAAUUACGCCAGAAUGAAAGUAUAGUUCCUAGCAGUAUUUUAACCUUCAAAGUGCACGGGCUAGCACCUGGUUACAUUUGUGCAGUGCUGGUCAGUGCUAGCUUAACUACAUUUCUCAGUAGCGUGGCGGUAGCAUCAGUACUUUCUAAAUCAAAUAGCUUUUCGGUAGCAAAGCUAUUUUUUAUUAG